GGAACUGAGAAACGUGUGAGCACAACCUGCUGCUAAGCAGGUCUCGCAGAGCUCCCAGUUCUUUCGCCGCAACUUGAAGCGACCGACCGCAUCCAUACUGCCGUGCUUCUCCCAAAACCUGCGCCACCACCGCAUCCCGCCAGCGCGCCCUCAACCACAGACGCAGACCUCGCCCGAACCUCCCCAAUUCCCACGGAUUGUAGCAGCAACCAACGCGAGCCAUCGUCAUGCUGUCGGCAAUUGGGCGCGCGGCCGCUCGGCAUGCCUGCGUCGGCACCAACCUGCCAAUUCGCGGCGCGAGCCGGCAUACCGCGCAGCUGACUUCCCGGACCACGGUCGUCGUUCCGAGCGGCUCCCGCAUCGCGGCACGGUUCGCAAGAGGUUUCGCCGCCGAAGCCGGUUCUACCAGGACGAAGACCGCGACCAAGGCGACAACCAAGACGCCCGCUGCUGCUAAGAAGUCCGCAAAGGCGGCCGCGAAGGCCAAAGCCACGGCCGAAAAGAAGAAGCCCGGUCCUCCGAAAAAGCCGCUGACGGACGAGGAAAAGACCAAGAAGAAGAUCAAGGAAUUGAAGAAGACGGCACUCGCCGGCAAGGAGCCGGACAAGCUUCCUAUCACGCCAUGGCUGGUCUAUCUCAAAGAGAGGAUGCACGACGUGAUGGGCCGGGACACGAAGCCCACAUUCCUAGACGCUGUGCACGAGCUCUCGAGCGAUUACAAGGCUCUGCCUGAGUCAGAGAAGGAGAGACUCGCGGCCGAAGGCCGGAAGAAUAAGGUCACCAACGACGUGAAUUUCAGGAACUGGGUCGACAGCCACACGGCGCAGGAGAUCCGGGAGGCGAACCUGGCCCGCCAACUCCUCAGGCGAAAGUAUUCGAUCCAGGUUGGGCCUACUAUUCGGGACCCUCGCUUCCCGAAACCGGCCCUGAAUGGUUAUGCCGCUUACGUCAAGUCGCGCUACCAUGCGCCCGAGUAUGACGGAGUCAAGCCCAGUGAGAGGCUCGUUAGGAUCGGCGAGGAAUGGAAGACGUUGAGCCCGGAACAGCGCAAGCCCUUCAGCGAUAUUAGGGAAACAGACCUCCAGAGACACAAGAAGGAGAUGGAGGCGUACCGGGAAUCCGCGAAGCUCUGAAGACCUUCAGUUUCGUAUCUGCGACGACGCGCUGCUUGGGGACCUGUACAUUAUGAAUACCAUUCCCGGAGGGAGUUGUGUCUUCUCGAAGGAUUUGACCAGAUUUGGGAUGUUUAUUGUUUGCCUCGGGAACCUUGCUC